AUGGCCAACUACCGGGUAUCCCGCGUUUAUUUUAAAGAUGAUACCUACGGCAUCUUUAUCAUGAAGGAGCUGAGUGACGUUUCAGGAGAUUUUAUUCGGCACGUCACCCAGAAUGGCACCAGCCAAGUGAUCAUCGAAGAGGGAAUUAAACUCAAAGAAGCCUACUCGGACUGGCACCAGGUACCGUUCGGCUACGUCAGCGAAUCCAAGGCCCAGGAGGUGCUUAACAUGGCCCGCGCCGACCGAACAUAUUCCCAGAAAAACUUCCGGGACUGGACCGAUGUUUUCAUUCAAAAGAUGAAGGAUGAAGGUUGUCUCUAG